CAUAAAAAGAGGACGGACUCGUUUCCUGUAAGCGCUUCAGUCGGUGCAUGUGUUUGGAUGUUAUUAAAUGUAAUUACGUGUAAAAUAAGUCGCUAAGCCACACCGCAACACCUGGCGAGUGUUUUCUGUCGGACGAGGACGAGGAGGGGUUAAACAAUGAACGUCAUCUUUCGAAAGGUGUCCGUCGUACGACAGGCGUUUGUGUUGAAUCAAGCUCUGACAUUAUGCCGGGCCACACCAUCCAUCCAGCAUCCUGUUUGGGAUUGCGUAAACAUAAGACAACACAGAUCCAAGCCAACCAACGGGAUUGGGAGCUGGAGAUAUCUAGUACCUAGAGCACCGCGAAAGAAAAAGAAGGAGGGGAAAAAGAUGAAACCGAUCGUUGAAGCGACGGACACAUCGUACGGGAGUCUGAACGUGACGGUGUCGGGUUACGACAUGACGCUGGUGGAGUAUUACUCCCAGCACAUACACAACCUCUGCAACCUGCUCAGCAUCAAAGUGUUAGAAUGCUAUGCUUUGCCAACCAAGACCACCGAGGUCAUGCUAAUGCAAGAAAAAGGCACCAAGAUGUACGUCGAUUGCAUCCUGAAGACUCAUAAGCGAGUCGUCCAGUUGAGCAGUCUGAACACCACACUGUGUCCCAUUUUAAUGGAGGUUGUUUUGAAGAACCAACCAGAGGGAAUCCAGCUCUCUAUGAAGGAGCACACCAAGGAGGAUUUCCAGGCGCGGUUCAAGGCCCGUCCAGAGCUGGAGGGACUCCUCGCUCAGAUCACUUAUUAGGAUGUUUCACCUUCCAAAACCACAAAACCAUGCAGGACCUUGUCCACCCGUUGGAUUUACUUUAUUUAUUUCAUGGCAUUCUGAAUUCUGAUCAUUUCAAAUACUGUAUAUCAUAUGUGAUAUUCUGAAAAAAUAAAACCUCCUUUUUUCCAA